AUGAGGGGGCCCCCAACAGGGGGCCCCCAGGGGCCCCCUGAAUGCUGCUGGGGGCCCUGUGCAUGCAUUGAGGUGUACAGACAGUGGCAGUUUGCUUUGCUGCGGGUCCGCUUCCAGCAGAUAAGCCUUGCUCUGACUGCUGCGGUGCGGCAGCAGGUGCAGCAGCUGCAGCAACAGAAACAGCAGCAGCAGCAAAAGCAGCAGCAGCAGCAGCAGCAGCAGUUAUUGGUUAAGAGCAGCAGCGACAGCUCUGCCCGGACCGAGGCAUUGCAUGCGCUGUGGCAUACAUCUGCUGCUAACAGCAGCAGCAGCAGCAGCAAUGGGACCUCCCUAUUGAAGAGAAAGUCUAUAGGAGGAGCAGCAGCAGCAGCAGCAGCAACAGCAGCAACUGCUGCAGCAGCAGCAAGAAGCAUUUCAGGGGACCCCCGCGAAGGGUUUGUGCGUUGGGUUAUGGAGAGAAGAGCGAAGACAAAAAUCCGACACCGAGACCCCCUUAUCCCCUCACCUACACCGAACAGCAGCAGCAGCAGCAGCUGCUGCUGCAGCAGCAGCAGCAGCAGCAGCUACCCUUGCUGCUGCUCCUGCUCCUGUUGCAGCAAUAGGAGCAGCAGCUGCUGCAGCAGCGGGAAUAGUAGCAAGGAUGGAAGCAGCUACAGCAACAAUGAAGCCCGAGGAUAUCUCCUGCAGCAGCGCACGCAGCAGCAGCAGGAACUGCAGCAGCAGAAGGUGCUGCAGCAACAGCAGCAACUGCUGCAGCUGCAGCAACAGGCAACAGCCGAAACACUUGAAGCUGUUGCUGCGCGGCUGCUGGAGGAGCUGCGGCAACGGGGUGUACAUGCAGCAGCUUCACGGGAGAAUAGUGCAGCAGCAGCAGCAGCAGAAAGAGCAGCAACACAACCAGCAGCAGCAGCAGAAGCAGCAGCAACAGAACUACCAGCAGACGCAGCAGCAGGAGGAGCGGCAAAAGGUCCAGCAGCAGAAGCAGCAGCAGCAACGCCUGCUGCUGCUGCCGGAACUGAAGCUGCUUUGCUGCAGCACUGGCAUUCGCUGCUGUCUGCUGCGCAGCAGCAGCAGCAGCUGCUGCUGCGGGGCCCUCUACUUGGUGGAUCUCUUAUAGGGGAGUGGCAAGACGAACUGCUGCAGGUGCUGCAGCAGCAGCAGCAGCAGCAGCAGCAGCAGGAAGAGGAGCAGCAGGAAGAGGAGCAGCAGGAGCAGCAAAGAGAAAGACAAAAGUUUGCUUCAGCAGAAGAAGCGGAGGCCCUAGCUGUCUCUGUUGCUGAGCUGCUUAUUGAGGUGUACAGACACUUCAAACUUCAGCAGCAGCAGCAGCAGCAGCAGCAGCAGCUACCGCCGUCGCCGGCACAGCAGCAGCAGGCGCAGCGUCCAAACCAGCAGCAGCAGAAGCAGCCACAACAACAACAGCAGCAGCAGCAACAGCAGCAACAGCAGCAGCAGCAUUUAUUGCCUGGUUUAGAGGGUGUUGAUGCUUCAUCGCUGCAGUUGUCUCUCUGCUGUCUGCUGCAGCUCUUAGGGGCUUCCUGUCAACCGCAUGCAGAUAGGAGGGGGCCCCACGAGGACAGCAGCAGCAAACUGGAGGCCCUAAGACAAUUUGCUGCAGCAGCAGAAGAACCUCUAAGCAGGAUAUAUAGGGAGAAGGAACGACGCCUGCAGCAGCAGCAGCAGCAACAGCAGCAGCAGCAACAGCAGCAGCAGCAGGAAGCAGCAGAAACAAAUUUAGGGGGAAUCGAUGCUGCUGCAGCUGACCAUAAAGAAAGUGCAGCAGCGGUAGCAGCAACAGCAGCAGCAGCAGAAACAGCAGAAGCAGCAGCAACAGUAGCAGGAGCAGCAGCAACAGCAGCAGCAGCAGCAGCAGGAGCAGCAGAAGCAGCAGCAAAUGCCCAUCAGCAGCUGCUUCACUGGCCUCAGGUGAAGAUCGCUCGCCACCAUCUCAGGCUGGAGAGACACUCCACCGAAGCAGCAGCAGCAGAAGCAGCAGCAGCAGCAGCAGCAGGACCAACCACAGGAGAAGCAACUACAGCAGAAGCAGCAGCAGCAGCAGCAGCAGCAGCAGCAGCAGCAGCAGCACCUUUUCAGCGGCAGCACGGCAACUGGUUCAUUCGUUUAUGCAGGCCCUUUACAUGGGUCCUGUGGGCCCCGUUGCUGCUGCAAGCUGCUGCUGCACUUGCAGCAGCAGCAGCAGCAGCAGCAGCACGUGUUGCUUCUUUCUCAGCACAGCACCAGCGUACAGCAGCGGGAAAAACAGCAGCAGCAGCAACACUAACAGGAGCAGUAGGCCGGACGAUUGCAACAGAGCACUGGCUACGGCGCUGCAGUACUGCAGCAGCAGCAGCAGCAGCAGCUCAACUACCUGCUGCUCUCGGGAAGCAAAGAAUACGAAGGGGGGGCCCCCUGCUGCGGCUUGUGGGGCCCCCUGAAUGGAGCUUGGGUUGGAGUUGCGGCAGGCGUUUUCACUGUCUCUUUCUGCAGGGAGACCCUCGAGUCUUGCUGCAGCAGCAGCAGCAGCAGCAGCAGCAGCAGCAGCAGCAGCAGCAGCAGCAGGUUGGAGAAGAGGAAGAGGAAAUGGCUGAUGCAGUGUGGCAGACAAGGUUUUUUAUUCGGUGCAGCAAAUUGCUGCUGCUGUGGAGACGAUUUCUUAAAGAAAGACAGAGACGCGGAUGCUGCUGCUACUGCAGCAGCAGCAGCAGCAGCAUCAACAGCUGGCAUUGCAACAGCUGCAGCUUCAGGUAUCAGCAGCAAAAGCAGCAACACAAACUGCACCAGCAGCAGCAGCUGCAGCACCAACAUCAAAACCAUCACCAGCAUCAACAUCAGCAGCAGCAGCAGCAGCAGCAGCAGGAGCUGCCAGCCUUCUGGUUUAGUUCUCCUUGUACAUGCGGGGGCCCCAGAGACAGCGAUUGCUGCACCUGUAUAGACAGACAGCUGAGGCAGCUGCAUGCAUUACCCUCCUGCUGCAUCCCUGCUGCUGCUGCGGAUCAGCAGCAACAACAACAGCAGCAGCAGCAUCAGCAACAGCAAGAACGGGAGCAGCAGCAGCAGCAGCAAGGAAGCGUGUGUGGCUGCUUGGUUGAUUUGUUUAUUCACCGGGUGUAUCUGCUGCUAUGUCGAUACUACUGCAUCUGUGGAUUAAACAAAGAAGGAAGAGGCCUCAGCUGUGGGGCCCCACACUCCGUGCUGCUGCAGCUGCAGCAGCAGCUAGGAGAGCCUAUAGAAGCAUUUGCUUCUCCUUUGAAUGCUCGCUGCAGCACUUUCUUCUCCCUCUUCGCUGACACAGACACUCCAUUCGGCAGCAGAGGAUCUUUCUUUAGCGGGCUGCAUCUGCUGCUGCAGCAGCAGCAGCAGCAGCAGCAGAAGCAGCAACAGCAGCUGCAGAAGCAGCAGCAGUUCAUCUUUUGCAAUCCUCCCUUUGAAGAAGUAAUAAUACGAAAAUUAGAAAAACGCAUUUUGCAUGCUCUCAAUUGCUGCUGCUGCAGCAACAGCAGCAGCUGCUGCUGCAGCAACAGCAGCAGCAAGGGCAACUAUAGCAACAGCAGCAGCAACAACGGCAGCAGCAGCAGCAGCAAGAGCAGCAGCAUCCCUGUAGCAUUUGUUGUAUGUUUGCCAGAUUGGCGCUGCAUCGGAGACAGCAGCAGCAAAGAGAAUUCAUUUGCUGCUGCACUGCAGCGCAGCAGCUGCUGCUGCGGGUUGCUGCUGCUGCUGCCGGAGCAGCACUCGUACACCAGCGGAUAUAAACAUUUCUGCGACUGCCACUAUGAAGAUUUAAGGUCUUCUUGCGGCUCUUUGCUGCUGCUGCUGAUGAAUCCUGCAGCACAAAUGAUUCUCAACUGCAGCAGCAGCAGCAGCAACAACAACAGCAGCAGCAACAGCAGCAGCAGCAACAGCAGCAGCAGGGGGCAGCAGGUUCUGGAAGCUGCAGCAGAUGCGUGGCAUGCGCACACCAGGCGCAGCAACAACCGCUAUUAA